GCUUUUUGUGCCCGUUUCUUAUGCUGAUCGGGUAAGGGAAAGGAACGAGAGGAAGCAGACAACGAAGAGAGGGUAAAGAGGCACGAGGGCAGCGACUGAUCGAUCCAUCGUGAGGAGGAUCGCCGUCUCCGGGGCUUGACGAGGCCGAAGCAUCGCAGACGUGAAGAAGCAGCGAAGGUUCGAUCGUUCUCCUCCGGCUGUGAGGUGCGAAGGAAGGAGGUCCGAAAGGGAAUCCGGGCGUCGCAAGCAGCGGUAGCAGCAAGAGGAGACCCUCGAAGCUUUGUGGUCGAUGGGAACAGCAGAGAAAGCAAACGAUGGGAAAGGGGAUCUCUGGAGAGGUGUGGCGAGCAGCAGCGGUGACGAAGGCGAGGUCUUCGGUGGGGCUUGAUCGACGGAAGAAUAAGACGAAGGUGCGAGGGUUGGUUCGUCGGUCUCAAUGGGUGCUGCGAUGAGGCCAUUUGCGAUCCGUGGUUACAGGAAAAGGGCGAAGUACAAUCGGGGCUGUUGUUUGUCGAAGAAAGAAGGGAGGGGGAAGAGGAGCGAGACCCAGCCGGUGGAGUCCCUCUUCUCCAACAGUCUUAGACGAGAUCCGACGACUCACCAAGACUUCCCAGCGGUGUCACUGACAAUUCCCGCCGCAAUUAAAACCCUUAUGUCGAUGCUCCGCUGUCCAUCACCGGAAGCCAACGAAGCUGCCCUGCUCGCCCUUCUUAAGCUCGUUGUUAUGGACGAAACUUUAGAGAUGGCAGAAGAAUGCUCAGACGGAGAUGACGAUAAAACCAUAAUUUGUAAGAUCAGAAAACGGGUGUUGAAGAAGAUGACAAUGUUUCGAUCAAUUGUCCAAGAAUGGGGGUUUGAACUUCCAACAGGGAAUAUUUCAGAUCGUGCAAUGAUCAAAUAUACAGAUUUUUUGCUGGCAACAGCAUCUGGAAAAGCAGUAGGAGAGAGAUUCCCUGGUAAGCUCGCAACUCCAUUUAAGAAAACUAAGCUUUCUGCUUAUGCCCUUGCUGCCAUGGUCGAGAGUGCUGUUGUUUCCGAGGAAUCAUUUGAUGCAACGAGGUGGAUAGAUAGACACUUAAUUCGUUUAUGUUCCAAAUUUGGGGACUAUAGAAAAGACGACCCUUCUUCAUUUUCUUUAAACCCUGGUUUCUCAUUGCUCCCUCAAUUCAUGUUCAAUAUUCGAAGAUCACAGUUUGUUCAGGUGUUUAAUGAUAGUGUAGAUGAAACUGCUUAUUUUCGAAUGAUGUUAAACAGAGAAAGCAUAUCAAAUGCAACUGUGAUGAUUCAGCCUUCAUUAAUUUCAUAUUCAUUUAACUCUUUUCCUUCUCCUACAUUGCUUGAUGUGGCAUCAAUUUCAGCUGGCAGAAUCUUGUUGUUAGACUCUUAUUUUAGUGUAGUUGUUUUUCACGGCAUGACAAUUUCUCAAAGGAGAAACAAUGGCUACCAACAUCAGCCUGAACAUCAAGCAUUUGCUCAGUUGUUACAAGCUCCACAUGAUGAUGCAGAACUGAUAAUACGUGAGAGGUUUCCUGUCCCACGAUUGGUGGUGUGUGAUCAACAUGGUUGUCAGGUAAGAUUCUUAUUGGCUAAGUUGAAUCCAUCAGCAACAUAUAACAAUAAAGUGGCUACAGCUGGAAUGGAUGUCAUCUUUAUUGAUGAUGUCAGCCUUCAAGUCUUCUUUGAGUAUUUACAGAGGCUUACUGUUCAAACUUCUUGA